UAUGCAUUUGUCUCAUUGCCGACGUCUCGGAAUCUUAGUAUCAGUGUUGCUCGUAGUCUACUCAGCAUUGUGUUUCGGGAUUCUAGGCAGAUGGUGGCGAUUCAUAGUUGUUCACGACAAGCAAAUCAAUUCUCAAACAGACAAGAAUCGACAGAUUGAUAGAAUCAUGAAAUACGAUAGAGAAAACAGAACGACUUCGACUUCUCUGGUUGACAAUAAACCAAUUCAACGGCAUGCAAUUCCGACUAAAAAUAUCUCAACAAUGUCCGCAACCGAGCGUCUCUCUAUCAGACGAGAUUCAGUGCGUAAAAACUGCGUACGAUACCAACGUUCCCUCACGGCCACCGAAAAGAGAAUUUUGUAUGCUCACUUGGUAGUAGACGAAAAGAAUAAAGUCAUUUGGUGUCCGGUCAGAAAAGCAGGAACAACAACAUGGCGAAUCGUCAUGCUCAUUCUUAUGGGCAAGUUCACAAACGUAAGCGCUGCUUUGGAUCACGUUCUGCAUCACGAUUUCAAGUUUAUGACGCGGUUGAGUCUUCAGCAUUACAGCAAAGAAGCUAUUGAGUACAGGCUGAAACACUACACAAAAUUUAUGGCCUACAGAGAGCCCUUUGGACGCAUUGUUUCUGAUUACAGACAAAUUAAACUUUAUAACACUGGUUUUCGUAAAGGAAUUUGCAAAGCGGUCGUCAGCUACAACAAUAGAAAUCUCAAAGGAAACCGACCAGCUCAAGAGAGUAACCCGGAUGCAUGGAAAAACAUUAGUUUCUCUCACUUUGUCAAUUUUGUUACUCAAUUCAGUGGCAACAGGAAAAAAUAUCAAGACUUGGAUGGUCACUGGAAGCCUACUAAUUUAAUCUGUCAUCCGUGUCAUGUUGACUAUGAUUAUCUCGUGGACUUGGAUAGUCCUGAUGUUGUCGAAGAAUCUGCUCACGUUGUCAAAGCUCUCGGGGCUCCCUCUUGGCUACGCGUGCCACAAGAAAACCGAUCGGGCAACGAAACAAAGUACAGCUUUCUCUCUCAACUCUCGACCGCUCAAUUUGAGCGUCUUUGUGUGCAGUACGACGACGACUACGAGAUAUUUGGCUACCAACAUGUCAAUCAAACCUUUAGAUAGCGCAGUCUAGGAACAAUUUCUCACGGAGUUCGAAAUAUAUUUGUCACAAUAUUAUACGUUUUAGUAUGCAUGGAAGACAAACUAUUGUGUAUUUAGACAUUUUGUUUUGCUCAGUCGUCUCUAGAUAUGAAUGCUUGUAGUCAUUCAAAUUCGUUUACGUACGUAACUUAACAAUAAUUGA